AGAUGAAUAUAUUGGUUCAUUGACAAGUUUAUUAGAAAUUCUUAUAAAGAAAAGAAAUGAUGCCAAGGGAAUGAAGAAACAACAUGAAGAAGGAUCUUUUUACCAAAGUCUCUAUGACAAACAACAAUUAGCGUUCAAGGUUUUGGCGAAUUCCAUCUAUAGUUUGACAGGUUUACCUUCAUCCAUCAUUAGAGAUGUGAAGAUAUCAGCGGGUGUUACAUCCACUGGUAGGGAGCAGGUUCACAAGUUGGCCAGUUUUAUCAAGGACCAGGGGUACUGUGUUGUGUAUGGGGAUACCAAUUCCACUUUAUUGAUAAUGCAACAAGCUAGACUCAAGGAAAUUAUCAAUGAUUAUGUGGUUUUGUUUAGAAAUGCAAAUUCUAUCACAGAAUAUACCAAGUACCUUUAUGAUUUUUACAAUGAUGUGACUAAAGAAACUCAUUGGGUAGCGAGUAAGAUUGCCAAAAAAUUUAACGAAUUGAAUGCCCGUGAUGGUUGUGAGAUUAUUAGGGUGGUUUUAGAAAAGUGUAAGACUGAAAGGUUUCUGGCACAGCAUUUUGAAAUUUAUGAUCCUGAGUUAGUACCAGACUUGUUGGUUGAAAAGUACUUGGAGGAGACUGAUGAUAUGGUCUGCUUGGCCAAUAUGAAUCAUUAUUCCAAUAACCUGAUAAGAGGUUUAAAUAUUAUGCGAUGUGAGGCCAGUCAAUUUCAAAAGAUGUUUGAAUGCAAAGUGUUGUACAAUGUCUAUGAUUAUAAAAAAAUAGCUGAGUAUAUGUACAACCUUGGGCUUAAAACAACUGAUGACUAUGUGAAUUUUUUCAUGUGUCGGGGACAAUACAACUGGAUGUGGUAUUGUGCAGAUCAG